UAGGCGUUUUCACGUUAUGACAGGCCAGACGUGAAAUGACAGUGCUGGGGAGGAAACCUGAAAGUUAAAGUUAUAGGAUAACAGUAGAAAACUAAACUUUAACCGCAAAUUGUAAACAUGACGGUGACAAGCCGGCAGUGUGAACUUUACAAAUGAAUCUGUGCUUUGUGGCUAAUAAGCGAAUAAGACAUUCGGUACAGAAAUAGCCCGUUUGAAAGAAAAAACAAGAAAAUGCUUCUCUUUCUGAUUCUACGCGAAUGCUCCAAAAGUUGAAAGAUAAUGACCCUUCCUUCAACCAUAAACAAUAAACCAGCCUCAAAACAGAUUUUUCUAUUCACAUAUACAGUCAAAAUGCAGCUGAGGUACUAACAGAUAAGACAGCAAGCAGAACUGAGCAACAGCAAAAAUGAAUCCUGCCCAAGACCAGCCUCCUCCUACAGGAAUGUUUAGCAAUAACGAUUAUUUUUCCUGGAAUGUGCGCUUCACUUUUAUUGCCUGUGGAUUUUUCUUUUAUUUGUCAGUGUUUGUAGUUACCCAUUUUCUUUCCCUUUAUUUUUCAGCAACAUAUUUACUUUUAAAUGCUAGGGAAAAGGUUUUUUGGAUCCUGGCUGCUACUCGUGCUGUUUUUGGAGUACAGAGCUUAGGUGCAGGGCUGUAUACUUUGCUUGUAGAUCCAGUGCUUUCUGCGGACAUAGCGACUGCACAGCAGGACUGGUCAUGGUUUAACAUUCUUAUUGCAGCUGGGUUUUUCCUUUUUGAAAAUGUAGCUCUUCAUAUAUCGAAUAUGACUUUCAGAACAUUUGACAUACCUCUGGCUGUUCAUCAUUUCUUUGCAUUUAUGGGUUUUGCUUCUGUAGUGCUGUGCGACACAACUGGACAUUAUUUGGCAAUGAUUACACUCCUGAUGGAAAUGAGUACUCCAUUUACUUGUAUUUCGUGGAUGCUUUUGAAGGCUGGUUGGUCAUCUACCCUAUUUUGGAAGAUAAACCAAUGGGUUAUGAUUCAUAUGUUUCAUUGUCGGAUAGUUUUGACAUACCAUAUGUGGUAUGUAUGUAUUUAUAAUUGGGAUCAACUCAUUCAGAGAACUCCUGUCCCACCACUGGUAAUUCUCCUCACUGGACUUUUUCUUUUGACGGUAAUUCUGAACCCUUUCUGGACAUACAAAAAAACUUUGCAACUUCUGACACCAGUUGACUGGAAUUUUGCAGAUAAAACAGAAGAACGUACCUCAUUUGUGGAGCAGAAUGGUGAAGUUGCUGGGAUCGCUACAAAAAAGAAAAAUUAGUCUUAACAUUUAUGCUUUUAUUCAGCUAUAUUUAACUACUAACGUACAGAUAAAAAGUUGCCAAUGUACAAUAGAGGAUAUGAUGAUCUGGAUCCUGGAAGAAGCCCCUAUAGUUGCAGAUCAGUGUAUUUUAAUGAAACGUAAUGCUAAACUUUUGUCACUCCAUUAAUAUUGUUAUUUGCAGUUGUCAGUUUCACUGCCAUCUCUACAUUCUGCAAUCAAGUAUUCAGUAACAUUUGAUGUUAUGUAGUGCUAUCUCGCCUCCAUUAUUACGUGUGGGUUCAGAGCCGAUCCUCGGCUCUGACUUUAGAAAGCCUGAAAACUUCU